CCUACCCUUAAACCCUUCUUCCCCAAAAAAUUUCUGAACUUUUUCGAAUUCUUCCAAUUUUUUGUGAUUGUAUAUGAUGGUUGUGGAUGAAUUGGCUAUGAUGAAUCCAGAGAAUGGUGAUUUCGAUCCAGAAACGGAGUCGGAAUCGGAAGAUGAAGAAGGGGAUCAGCAAGUCGUAAAACUGGCUGAACCUUCGAAAACUGCUGUAUAUAACAGGGAUGGAUUACUUGAAAGGCUAGCUGAUAUCAGUUGGCCUGAUGAUUUGGAUUGGAUUCACAGGCUUAGCAUCGAUAGGGAGGAGCAAGAAGAGGUGGAUGUGAACGAUGAUUUGGCGAGGGAGCACUCGUUUUACACUCAAGGGUUGGAGGGUAUACGCCAAGCGUAUGUCAACUUUCAGUCUACCGGUGAACCAUUUCUAAGGCCCUCUGAUUAUUAUGCGGAAAUGGUGAAGUCUGACACUCAUAUGGAGAAAGUUAAGGGCCGACUCUUGGCUGAGAAGAGGAGGAUUGAGGAGUCCGAGGAGAGGAGGAAGGCUAGAGAUAACAAGAAACUUGCUAAAGAUGUACAAGCACAGAAGAUGAAAGAACGAACUAAGCAGAAGAAGCAAGAGAUUGAGUCCGUUAAAAAGUGGAGGAAGCAGAGGCAGCAGAGUGGCUUUGAUAAAGAAGAUGCUGGCGGUCUAGACUUGGCAUUUAACGGAGGAAACACGGAUAAACCCUAUCAGAGAUCAAAUAAGAAGAGACCUGGUGUAUCUCCCGGAGAUCGUUCAGGUGGAAAAGGGAAGGGGUUCAACAAAAAGAGGAAAAACCGGGAAUUCAAGGAUUCUAAGUUUGGAUUUGGUGGUAGAAAAGGUUUAAAGAAGCAGAACACUGCUGACACUACCAACGACUUCGGUGGAUUGCAUAAAGGUGAUCGUUCUGCUAAAAACAACAAACGCGUUAAGAGAUAGUUCUACUCAUCAGUUACUACUCUUGUUGUACUAGACCAAAGUUAUUCAUUUGUUAAACGCGGAUGAAAUUGUAUUUAAUUGAGAGCUUUAACAUCAAAAGGAUAACAAAAGUAGGGGUGAGAUCUUUUACCUUUGGGAUCGUCAUUAGUCUCCAUUUUUCAUUUAAAGUCUUUAAUUUUUCUUUCGAAGACUUGAGAUGUAUUUUGGACACUAGAAAUGCAUUACAUACUCAUUAUACUUAUUGCUAAUAGGUUUUGGAAUAUUUCUUCUUGUU